CGCUCUGGUCGCAGCCAGCGGGCAGCGGAGACGCGGCAUGCCCCCGGCGGGCGAGAGAGGGCUGUCCUCGGCGGGGCCAUGGGGACGCGCGCUCUGACAGUGCCUGGGUGAGAGGAGCAGCGCCAGCCACUCCGCCGCCUCCACCGUCACCUCCUGCACUCCGCUCCCCGCCGGCCGCCAGCCCCAGCCUCCGACUGUCUCCCCCUCCCCUCCCUCUCCGCCUCUCUCUCUGCAUUAUUGUUUCCCACUCUACGGAGGAUGGGGUCGCGAUGAUUAGGUCGGAAGCAAGUCAUAUCUUCCUCCAAAGCCUGGUAAUAUUUAUGUAGGCAAAAAGAGAGAGAGCGAAAAGAGGGAGAGAGAGAGGGAGAGAGGGAGAGGGAGAGGGAGAGAGAAGAAACGGGAGGAGGGGAUAAGGAAAUUAAGCCCUUUAAGUCCAUGCAUAUCGUGGUGACACCGGCACGGGAGCCCUCACGGUGGAGUCGGCCAGGGCUGUGCGUUCCCAGAAUAUGACCAGGGGUGCCUGGAUGUGUCGGCAGUAUGACGACGGGUUAAAAAUCUGGUUGGCGGCACCCCGGGAGAACGAGAAACCGUUCAUCGAUUCAGAGAGGGCUCAGAAAUGGCGACUGUCUCUGGCAUCUCUCUUGUUUUUCACAGUCCUGCUCUCUGAUCACUUGUGGUUCUGCGCCGAGGCCAAGCUGACGCGGACCCGGGACAAGGAGCAGCGGCAGCAGCAGCAGCAGCGGCAGCGGCAGCAGCAGCGGCAGCGGCAGCAGGAGCCCUCCUGGCCCGCGCUCCUGGCGAGCAGGGGGGGGUCCUCGCCCGCCGGCCCGCCACACAGGCCCCUCGCCGCCUCCCCGUCCCCCGCCCUGCCCCCCUCCCCGGGACACGGCGGUGGCGGCGAGGGCGGCCGAGGCACAGACAGCCGGGGCGAGGCUCUUGCUCUGGGGAACUCUGCCAAGCCCGUGUGGCGCCUGGAGACCUGUUACCCCCAGGGCGCCUCCUCGGGCCAGUGCUUCACGGUGGAGAGCGCGGACGCCGUGUGCGCCAGGAACUGGAGUCGGGGGGCGGCGGCCGGCGGGGAGGGGCAGCCGGUGAGGGGGACGCAUCCAGGUCCGCUCUGGAGCUUGUCGGAUUUUUACCUUCAGUUUUGUGAUUCCUACACACUUUGGGAGUUGUUCUCGGGGUUGUCCAGCCCCAACACUUUGAACUGUAGUCUGGAUGUGGUGCUCAAGGAGGGCGGCGAGAGGAGCGCUUGCAGGCAGUGCGUCGAGGCUUACCAAGACUACGACCACCACGCUCAGGAGAAAUACGAAGAGUUUGAAAGCGUGCUCCAUAAAUACUUACAGUCGGAGGAGUACUCGGUGAAGUCGUGUCCUGAGGACUGUAAGCAGAUAUUUAUUGGGAACCUAACUCUCUGCAAGACGCUAAGCUCGGGAGAUAGAGCAGUAAACCAUGAGAUGAUGACCAGCGCUACAAAGGUGCGUAUGCGUCAGUAUGUGCACCUAUUCCAAGGGGAGCGGAAGCAGAAUAGCUGUGUGACUUUCAGCAGCAAGCCGUCACUCUCCACACUUCUCAGCACUCUCUUCCUGCAAGAGCACAGCUGGGUGUUUCCACGCUUAACACUGGAGUUCUCAAACCUGCUCAGUUGCAUUGUUAGGACAAAUUCUGACAUCAAGUGAAAGACACAGGCAACUCUAACUGCAGUCUACAGCUCAGCACCAGGUGAUCUGUGUUGCCUGAUGAGGGGCUCUCUGGGACUGGGACCUAUGCCUGGACCCUACUUCUUCCAGUGUCACCAGGGCCCUCAUUCACACAGCCAAGAUACACUGAGCACGUGCUGUUCCCAGCAACCCCUGUGAAGGGUGGCCUCGAGCUAAGGUUAUUUGACACACAGGCUCAGAGUGCUUUGUGCCCUCUCUCCACUGCCGUGCCCCCUACCCCUUAAAAAGAGAGAGCAACCGGUGGACUGAGUCCUUCUGACUGCCGCCCCUUUGUCCAGCUGAACAAGAGCGAGCUUAACUCUUCCCAAAAUGCCCCCGCGAGAUGAAUGCACCCCUGACUCUGGCCAGGGAAUGCUUGUUGGCGGCCCUCGGAGUCCCUCAGUUACCAGAGAAGAGAGCUUUAUAAGAGAGACAGCAUUGAUCACCGUGCGGCUUACAGGGAGAACUCAGGAACGGUAGGGAUUGAUCUUUUAUUGCAUGUCUGUCUCUACCACCAAACAGCAACUGAGAGCAAGGAACUUGCUCUACAUAUCUUUAUAUUCACCCCACUUGGACUACCUGACAAUCAACAAAUAUUUGUCAAAUGGUAGAUGGAUGGGUGGAGGGAUGUAGAAAGCAAAAGCCUUUGUGCUACUACAGUACAGAAAAGCAAAUGGAAGCUAGAAUACAUGGAUGCAGUGUCGAGGAAGUGCAGGACUCACAAGGGCAGUGCCCCUUCAGGAGGUUCGUCAGUGAUGUGGAGAGGGACCCUGUACAGCAGAAGCCCUGUGAAGUUACAGGCGUGUGAGAAGCCACGUAGGGGGCUUGAGAGUGACUGCAGACCGACCGGAUGUCCUCUGUGAUUGGUGAGAUGUUGAAGACAAAUCUAAAAUGAGGAGAAGUGGCGCAGAUGGAUGAAUUACCUGCAAAAGGAAGAAAGGUUUCUUUAAAAGGAGGGGAUUGGGAGAGAAGAUAGGAGAGAUUAUAGAAUAACUAUUUCUGUGCUCUCCAUGGUGAAUGUUUUAAAGAUAACAUUUCUUAAGAUAUCAUAAUAUGUUUCUUUGUAUUAACUCUGGUGUGUGUCAUUAACCUGUUUGUACUUCUUUUAUCACAGAUCUUGGUUUAACUCUACCUAUAAUUUUAGAAACAUCAUUCUAAAUAACAUUUACAAGGAUAACGUAGCUGUUACAUGUUGUUGUUUCCAUACCUAUAAUGCGUCAUUAUGCACAAAUCACAAUUUCAAAUGCAUUUCAUUCCUUGACGAUCUAUUAAAUAACAUUUUCCAUUUUUAUUUGUGAGAUAUAUUUUAGAUGAUUCUUAUAUGAAGAUCUUAAUAUUUAUUUUUUAUUAACCUAUUUACUUACAUUUUAUUCACAUAUUUACCUCUUCAUUUAUUGACAUUGGUAUCCAUAUUUCAUAUAAUGCUAUCUCUUUCUCCCUCCAACCAAGAAUAAAGUCCUGAAGAAAUUAAAAAAUUACAAAAGCAUUUGUAUUAAAUUCCCUGAAGAGAAGUCCAUGUGUAUUAUAACAGAAUAAGGAAAAGAUAAAAUAAUAGAAUGAGCUUGGAAAUGUCACUCAUGAUUGUAUUUGCUUGAUUAGCUGACUGCCAUUUUUUGCUUUUAAGUGGCCCUGGCUCCUUCUGUAUGCUAGAUAGAAAUUAAUUGUAUGAAUUAGGUGGAUACAUCCUACAUAAAAAUAAAAUUCAACAUAAUUUUAUUGCAAUUUGAUUUUAAACUUGUUUUUGUUUUAUUUAACACUAAGUAAAUCAACAAUUCUUGUCAUCUAGACAAUCACAUAUGCUUUAUUGUCCUUAAAAUUCUUUUUUAUAACAGCUUUAUUGCUGUAUGAUUCACGUACCAUCCAAUUUACCCUUUUAAGGUGUACAUUCUAGUGGUGAAUACUAUCUAUGUUCACAAAGUUGUACAACGCUCACCACAAUUAAUUUGCGCACAUAGUCCUUACUCCCCAAAGAAGCCCUAUCUCUAUUCGCAGGCACUCCCCAUGUCCCCUCAAUACCCUCAGCCCCAGGCAACUACUAAUCUACUCUGUCUCUGUAGACUUACCUAUUUUGAGUCUUCUAUAUAAAUGAAAUCAUACGAUACGUGGUCUUUUGUGACUGGAUUCUUUCACAUAUGUUUCACUGGAUUCUUUAGCAUAUGUUUUCAAGGUCCAUCAUAUCUUAGUUUGUGUCAGUACUAUAUUUAUUUUUAUUGCCGAGUAGUAUUUCAUGGUAGGGGUAUGCUACAUAUUUUUUAUCCAUUCACCAGUUGAUGGACACUUGAGAUGUUUACACACAGUAAAUAUAAAUAUUAAAAAAUAUGUAUUAUGUAUUAUUUGUAAUAAUAAUGUGCAAUAAGCAGCAUCUAAUAUAUAGCCAACCUUAUAAGAAAAUGUAAAAUUACAUAAGUAAAUAUUAAAACAAGUUUGAGUUUCCCCAAAUUUAUUUUAUGAGUUUUCAAAAUUGAGAUUGUUAUAGGAGGA